UCAUUGCAUGUGUUUACAUCAACAACGGUUAGACGAAGAAAUACGUCUGUCUGAAGCUGUGGAAAUAUUUUAUUACAACAGACUUAAAACUAGACCACACAGGUGUUCGUUUUUGUCAAGAGAGCGUGUAUUAAACACACACUAUGGAAGUGAGUAAAACUGAACAACAAUGUGACUACUGUGACACAAAGAAGAUUGAAGCGCCACAAUCACUGAAUGAUCUGAUCAGUGAACUACACAAAGUGUUUGAGGCUGACAAGGUCAACGUUGACUACGUAAAAGAAUUAAUGACUUCGUACAAGAGCAAUCGUGAUGAUUGGAAAAAAUUUGCCAAGUUUGAUCUUCACAGAUACACACGAAACUUGGUGGAUGAGGGGAAUGGAAAAUUUAAUCUCAUGAUACUAUGUUGGAAUGAGUCGCAAGGAAGCAGCAUUCACUCACAUGCCAACUCCCAUUGUUUCAUGAAGAUCCUUGAUGGUGGUGUACAGGAGCAGCUGUUUAAGUGGCCAGAGUCCGAGGACGAAAAAGAAAUGACCUGUAUAGAAACGACAAGAUUCAAUAAAAACGAAACAGCCUAUAUCUGUGAUGAACUUGGGCUGCACCGUGUGGAGAACCCAAGCCACUCUGACAAAGCUGUGUCUCUGCACCUAUACAGCCCACCAUUUGAUGAGUGUCAGUGUUUCGACCAGAGGAAUGGACAUUGUACACGGGCUAAGGUCACCUUCUGGAGCAAGUUUGGAAAGCGUACCCCCUAUGAAUGUACACAGGCGAAAUCUGCUGAAAAUAAUUAAAGAUGAAGAAAACGAGAAUCUCUACAACUAGGAUGUGUGAGGCCCUAGAGGAUGGAUACAAUAGACCAGUGGAGAGCCCCGAGGAACUGUACUUGCUCUUACAUAUUUACAUCUUGUUGGCAUCACAUUUUGCCUGUGUUGUUUCACAUGUCAAAUUCCCAUUUCACAUGUUUUAAUUCAUGUGCUGGAUUCCCAUCUCACAUGUUUUAAUUCAUGUGAUAGAUUUUUUUCCAAGAGAUUGUAAUAUUUUGAGUUACCUUGCCUUCUCAUGAUCAUGAAAAUAGUCAUUAAAUUUUGGUAUGUGUUUUCCAUGUAUAAAUUCAAUUUAGAAUAAAAAUGAAGGAUUUCAUGUGUAAAAAUAGAAUCAUGUGUGGAAAUGAAGGGUUAUAUGUGAGAAAAUGAAGGGUUUUAUGUGUGAAAAUGGAGGGUUUUAUGUGUGAAAAUGAAAGAGUUCAUGUAAGAAAAUAAAGAGUUUCAUGUGAGAAAAUGGAAAGAUUCAUUGUGAAAAUAAAGAGUUUCAUUGUGAAAAUAAAGAGUUUCAUUGUGAAAAUAAAGAGUUUCAUUGUGAAAAUAAAGAGUUUCAUUGUGAAAAUAAAGUGUUUCAUUGUGAAAAUAAAGUGUUUCAUUGUGAAAAUGGAGGGUUUCAUGUGAGGAUAUCCCUGUAUACAUUAUAUCUAACUUGAAAUUCGAAAGUUUUGAAAUUGGCCAAUAACAUUUCUCAGCAUUUAAAAAGAAACCAAAUAGUUACAAGCUGAUAGUUGAAACAUUGGGAACUUUUAAAAUCUUUUAUUGAAUAAAUGAUGCAUUCCUCUUGUCAACAUCUGAAAAAUUUAAAUGCUCAAAAUUUGAUUUAAGAUUUUCUUCAAAUAAUGAAUAUGGCUCUCUCAUAGAAUUUCAGAAAAUCAAUUGACAGCUAUAAACACUUUGAGUUUUUGAUAUAAGUUUGUAACACAAUCAUAAGAUAGAGACAUGUUUUGAUUUCUGAAGCCUAUGGAAGGUGAAUUAGCUUGUUCAUCAGUUACAAUUCUAUUUUUUCUCUAAUUAUGUUCCUACUUCACAUAAAUAUAUAUAACAUAUGUAAUGAUGUCAGGAAGGAUUACAGUGUAUCUAGGUAGAAAGGAAGUAGAUUCCGGUGACAGCUGUUUGUCGGUGGAUGGAGGAAGUCUGUGUGAUAAAAAUGGGAUCAUUGUGAGUGUACAUGUAUGUAUGUGAUUGAUAUUGUCAGUUGUCUUUCAUAUUGUCUUUCAUAAACAUCAGGGUUACAAUAUUUCCACUCUUUUUCAAAUAUUGUUUUUUUUUCCAAUUUAUAAAGAAAUAUUCUAAAUUGAAAGCUUGUUUCAGAAUAGAAAGUGAUUUUGCUAUUUAAUGCUGCCUGCACCAGAUCAGAUUAUCUGAUUGCUUAUAGUAUCAUUUUGGCAAGGAAGAAUACACACUAUAUAAAAACUGGUAUAACAAUACAUUGCUUUACAGUUUGAAGCUAACAAUGUAACAAAAUCUCAGACUGAGAAGAUUAAAUAAAUAAAUAAAUAAAAAAUUAAAUUAAAAAAAAAAAUUAAUAAAAAUAUAAAAAAAUAAAUUGUAAAUAUGUGUAUCGUAGCUUAACUACAGGUUUUGUAUUCUGUGCAGGCAGGGUUUUACAGAUGUCAAAUUUUGCUAUUUUGUGCCCUGAAGUUUUUGCUUUGUGUGAACCUAUUUUGUAACCGUGGCUGUGGAUUUUAAAAUGAAUGUAACAGGUGUCCAAGAUAAUCAGAGAAAACAGACAUGGCUAUGGUUGAGGUUUUUAAUGGUGAUAAAUACGAUAACUCUAGUUACAACAAUUGAAGGUCUAAAACCAGGCAUUAACUACUCAAGGGAGCUUACUCUAUAGUUACAAGUUCAAAGGCUUAGAAUUUUAUAGUUACUUAAGGCAGGUAACUCUUGAAUUACAUCUGUAAUGUUUAAGGAUAUAUAGGUAACUUCUGACAAUAAUUCUCCAGUUACACAUGUUACAUUUCAAAAUAUAGCUAUUCAAGGGAGGUAACUCUCAAGUUACGCAUCUGAUAUGGAUGUUUAUCUAACCAAGGGAGGUAACUUUCUAGUUACACAUCUGAUAUGGAUGUUUAGUUAACCAAGGGGGGUAACUAUCAAGUUACACAUUUAAAAUGGGAGUUGAGCUAACAAAGGGAGGUAACUCUCUAGUUACAAGUCUAUUGUUCAAGAAUCUAGCUGUUCAAGGGAAGUAACUUUCUGGGUACAUGUCUUAUGUUUUAAGGUGUAUAUUUCCUUAAGGGAGGUAACUCAUCAGUAAUUUCUUCAAAAUUUGCCAACUUCUCUUCCUUGCAAAAUUUAAUAUCUUUUUAUGGCAUAUUACUAUUAUUAGAAAGUAAAUAUUGAUUUUAGUAAUGCAGAAUAUAGUGUUGUAGUUACACUUACUUUGUUAUUCAUUACUAAGAUUGUUGGUGCAUACAAACUUUGUUUUAAAAGCCAGGUUGAUCAUAUUUCACAAUGCAAAAUAUGUGGUGUGGUGGAAUUAUUUGUUAAUCAUUCCGCAUUUUGAUGCCUAUUUUCUGUAUAAUUUUUAACUGUCAAGAAUGUUCUGGUUACUUAAUACUAAAUAAAUCUUAUAAUUGUGAUUGACAGGAAAUCUAUUUUCAAUUAACUUUAUCACAUCACUACCAUGUUAUUGUAAUUACAUCCAUUGUUGUAUAACACACAUGUCAUAUGACCUAACAGAGAUUUGAUUGGCUGAUGGUUUCCUUUGUGAUGUCAUGACAUCAUUUACAUAUAAAGGUUGUUAAUAUCCUCAUGCUUGAUUUUGUAUCAAUCUUACAGCAUGCUGUUUUCACAAAUUUCCAAAAAAUCAAAUAAGAGUUCCAUGAUACACAGAAUCUUACACAUUCAUUUACACAUUUAUUGUGAAAUCUAUGAAACCAAGCAUAAUUUUUUUCAUUUUUUCUCAUCAGAGGCUUGUUAAAAUGAAAAAUUUCAUAAGUCUCUUAUAAAUAGUUACUCAUGUCAGAUUCUUGAUACAGGUUUAGAUUUGGUUUAAUUUGUUAUUUAUUUGUUGUUUCAACCCUUUGUUCAUGUAACGGUUGUUUGAUCAAUAAAUACAGUGUAAAUGACAACCACAUGUCAAUGAUGCAGCUUUUGGUGCAAGCAUUCCUUAAGCUUCAAAUUGAAUCACAUGAUCAUAAUCUAUCAUGUGACUUUAAGUCAAUGUCCUUGAUGGUGAAAAAAAUGCAAGAGAUUCAGCUCAUUAUGAUCCUGAAGGAGAAAAAAAAACGUCUAUCUUUAAAUAUACAUUGAAUUCGGCAAAAUCGUGAUAAAUUAUUUAGCGGUAUCAUUAUUAAUACUUGCUAAAUCAAAUAAUGGUAAAGUAAAAAAUAAAAAAAACGGUAAAGUAGAUUUUUUUUAAUGUAUAUUUUAUGAAUAUUAAAAACUAUAUUUUAUGCUAAAUUGGUCUGAAAACAGAUAAUUGUUCAGGUCCGCAUGAGCCAAGAGAUCAGUAUUGGCAUAUAAAGAACAUGUACCGCAUAUGUUUUUUUUUGUCAGUUGUAUAAUUUGUUACUGUAUGUGUGACAUACAGCUUGUUAUGUUUGUAAAUGAGGCUGAAUAUUAUCAAAAUAUAUUUGUUAUAAUGUAUUUUAUGAGUGAAAAAAAAAGUGCUAUUUCUUGAUAUGAAAGAUAUACUAAUUCAGAAUCCCUCCAACAUGCUCAUAUAAAAUUCGUAAAGAGGAGGUUGGAUUUCGUAAAAUAUCCUUUUCUUGCCGUACUCUGUAAUACGAAAUGGUGACUAACUUUUGGGGUUUAAACCUUUAACGUUAUUCUUUUAAUUUUAAUUUUUAUUUCUGUGGUUUGUUUGUCACCAAAAAAAUGACAAAAUCUACACAAAAAAUAUUUCAUGUUAUAUCUGAAAGGUUAGUUAUUUUUGGUAGUAGUGUCAUAAUACUUGGUGUUAUUGUUUUGCUACCACAGCAGAUUUCACCUUUAUUAGCCUCUAUCUUCUACAUGAUUGUUUAAUAUCAUUUUCUUAACCUAAACUCCUCUUAAUAUCAUGCCAAUUUCCCAAACUACAUCAGUAUCGCAUAAAAAUAAUUUGUUCGAAGAAAAAAUCAAAAUACACUACUUUAUUUACAGUAGUUGCUUGAAGGCCCAUAUACUUAAAUAUUUAUCAAGCUGUAUUUUAAAUAACUAAUAUGGGACAAGCUUUAAUUGAUUUCAGUGUCAUGUUCAGAUGAUGUUUUUGAUGGAAUACCUGUCCCCGUAACGAGGACACAGAUGUCACUCCUCAGAAAUUUGUGAUACAUCAUGUUUUAGCUGAUUCAGGUUGUUGAAUCAUCACUUCUCACUUCAUGUCUCCUCAUACACCUAGCAUGCAUGCCAGAAAUACUGUAGAAUAUUUGUAUACACUUGUUUAUUGCUUGCCAGGUACAUUUCUUCUUGUUACAGCGAACAGAACCUCAUCAAAUUAAGAAAUGUAAAAACUAGUAAUCAGAUUAAGAAUUUGUUUGUCAACAGGCUGUGUUCCAAUGCAUAAUUUGUUCAUUUGAUGAUUUUUGUUCAAUGAUGUUAAAUGUCAGAAAUAAAAUUGGGUGCACUG